UAUAUGGAAGCAAAGUCAGCUGUUGCUGGUUAGUGCAUUUCAGCAUGCAAAUGCAAGGAAAAGGCAGAGCAGCUUCAAAACAUUUGUCUUUUCUGGAGUAAAAGAAAAUGAUUCUGAUAGUUAAUUCUCUUAUUAAACUAAAUGGGGUGAUACAGAUUUGGAUGUAAUAUAUGGCAAGACAAAGCAACUGUUCUCUCUAAAAGGACAUCAGCUACCAGCCAACUGUUCUAGUUGGAGGAGGAGGAUAUUCACAGAAGAAGCCUCUGGAUUUUUACUCUACUUCAGAAGACAAAGUCAUUGCAAGAUUACUUGAAAAUGAGGACAUUCUCAUGGAUUCUGAGUUUGCUGUUACUAUUAUUAUCCAAUGGACAUUACAUGGAACAGUCUAAACUCAAUAAAAACUCUCCUAGACGAUACCCACGUUCCACAGAAGCAGGGAAGGAAGGGAAAAAGUGUGGCUACACAUUCAUUGUCCCUGAACAAAAAAUAACUGGACCAAUUUGCGUCAAUACCAGAGGCCCAGGUCCAGAGAACAAAAAAGAUGAAAUUACUAGGAUGGACAUUGAGAAUAUGAAGGAUGUAUUAUCCAAACAAAAACGAGAGAUUGAUCUUUUGCAAUUAGUGGUGGAUGUGGAUGGGAAUAUAGUAAAUGAAGUAAAACUGCUGAGAAAAGAGAGUCGUAACAUGAAUUCCCGGGUUACUCAACUAUAUAUGCAGCUCCUGCAUGAGAUAAUACGCAAACGGGACAAUUCACUUGAGCUUUCCCAGCUGGAAAAUAAAAUCCUCAAUGUCACAACUGAAAUGUUGAAGAUGACAUCAAGGUACAGAGAGCUUGAAGUAAAAUAUGCAGCACUAACUGAUCUUGUUAAUAAUCAAUCAGUCAUCAUCUCAUUGUUGGAAGAACAAUGUCUCAGAAUAUUCUCACGGCAGGACACACAUGGUUCUCCACCUUUAGUUCCAGUAGUACCUCAUCACAUUCCUAACAGCCAACACUACACUCCAGGACUCCUAGGAAGUAAUGAAAUUCAGAGAGAUCCAAGCUAUCCUAGAGACAGAGAUGUAAGGCCACCUCCUGAUCCAGCUACUUCUCCUACAAAAAGCCCUUUCAAGAUUCCACCAUUAACUUUAAUCAAUGAAGGCCCAUUCAAAGACUGUCAACAAGCCAAACAAGCUGGCUAUUCCAGCAGCGGGAUUUAUAUGAUCAAGCCUGAAAACAGCAAUGGGCCAGUGCAGUUAUGGUGUGAGAACAGCCUUGAUCCUGGGGGUUGGACAGUUAUACAAAAACGAACAGAUGGUUCUGUGAACUUCUUCACAAACUGGGAUAAUUACAAGAAAGGAUUUGGAAAUGUUGCUGGAGAAUACUGGCUGGGACUGGAAACUAUUUACUUGCUUUCCAAUCAGGACAAUUACAGACUUCUGAUUGAACUAGAAGACUGGAGCAAUAAAAAAGUAUAUGCAGAAUACAGCAGUUUCCGAUUGGAGCCAGAAAGCGAAUUUUAUCGAUUGCGUUUAGGUACUUACCAGGGGAAUGCUGGUGACUCCAUGAUAUGGCAUAAUGGAAAACAAUUUACAACACUGGACCGAGACAGGGAUAUGUACACAGGAAACUGUGCUCACUUUCACAAAGGAGGUUGGUGGUACAAUGCCUGUGCCCAUUCUAAUCUCAAUGGAGUGUGGUACAGAGGAGGACAUUACAGAAGCAAGCACCAAGAUGGGAUUUUUUGGGCAGAGUAUAGAGGGGGCUCAUACUCGCUAAAAGCAGUUCAGAUGAUGAUAAGACCCAUUGACUGAGACACUCAAAAUGUUUAAAAAACAAAUCUUGCUAAUGAAUUUCAAGCAGAUGUUGCAUUUGUUUUGUAGAUUUUCUUCACAAAGUAUUAUUUUAAACAUCUUACUGUGAUAAACUUAUACAAGUUCUAAUUGCUCACAAAGUAAGCAAGAGUCGUAUGGAUUUUAAUGGCAGUAAUUAAGUGUACCAAUUUUGUAGGCUGCAGAGAAAGUUGUGGAUGUAGAACGGCCGGACUUUGUAUGAGAUGCUGUUUUAAGUGUGCAAAUCCAUUAUUUUUCAUAGGUUUAAAACUAUUUAUGUUUUUGUUUCAAAGAUUACUUCCAGUGGAGACCUGAUUUUGAGUUGUAAAUGCACACUGAGUCCAAAAAAAGACAAAGAACUGGAGAGAAGCUCUGGUUUUGCAAGCAUAUUUUGCAUCAAAUAAAACAUUAUUAUUUCAAUGUA